GAAAUUUAUUCAAAUUUUAACAGCCCAAUAAAUAAUACGCGCUGUUAUGAUCGUUCCGCGGAUUUCUACGCCUUAGAUAUUGCCUUCCCUGACGGAUAUGCAGAUGAGGGUUGAGAAUCUCUUACCGCAUCAUCGAAGGAAUGUGAAAUAGAUUGACCCUCUCGGGUACCGUUUCUCCGUACCCACCGCGGUAUUCGGCUUCACGUCAAGUGCGUGGGAGGACAGAAACGUAUCUACGGCUGGACCGGAAUUGCUUCCGUGCUUCGUCGCGACAACCGACCUAGACAUUGAGUUAAUGACUGAGUCAUCGAUCCGGGAAGAAUCAAUAAUCACUUCUCAAGGCUUCACGUGUCCAGAGAUAACACCCGACUUGGCUGAGGCGCUGACAAAAUUACAGAGUCUGUCAAAAAUACCAAAUCAGAGUGACAAAAUUAAUUUGGUAUUGCACACAAGAUCAGAAGACAGAACGAUUGCGCAAAACGGCCACCUCGUCGAUAUCCGAAAUUCGAGUUUCAACCCAGAAAGAAAGACAGUUGUUAUCAUUCAUGGCUUCUUGACAGAUUCAGCGCCUAAUUGGAUGGGACCAUUGGUCGCUGCCUACUUGGUUUACGAAGAUGUUAACAUAAUUAUUGUGGACUGGAGUAUGUUCACGGUCAGCGGGGAUUAUCUCGGUGCCGCUAGUAAUGUUGCAAAUACUGCCCAACAAGCUGCUGAUUUGUUUGGAGACAUUGUUAAGGAAUUUGGAGAUACCAUUUCCUGGCAGGGCAUACACAUGAUUGGGUUUAGUCUGGGUGCACAUGUAGCAGCGAAUAUAGCUCGCAAAUUGCAUAAUUACCAGAAAGUAUGGAAUAUUUCGCGAAUCACAGGACUAGAUCCUGCAGGUCCGUGUUACCAGAAUAAUCCCUGGAGGUUGGAUAAAAGUGUCGCACCAUUCGUUGAUGUCAUUCAUACUAAUGGAGAUCCAAAUGCCAAUAUGCCAUUCGGUAUAAUAGAACCCAUAGGUCAUGUCGAUUUUUAUGUCAAUGGUGGAGACGUUCAACCGGAAUGUGUUCAGCUCGACAGCUUUCUAGAAAAGCUGAUAGACGUCUUCCUUCCGGGAUUGAGCUGCGCCAAAUGCAGCCAUGAGAAAGCUACCCUAUACUUUAUCGCAUCCCUAGAGUUAGAGAAUGCGAGGACAGUAUCUCCAUUGUUGGGCAUCAAGUGGAAUCGGAGGGACUUAUCCACAGCAUUGGAUUUUAUUUACAACAAUACAUGCACCACCAAGUGCAUGCCGAUGGGUAUUAACGCACACAAUCGUGACCAAGAUUCAUCCGGAAUUUAUUUUGUUCCCGCAGGACCCGAAAAACCGUUCAAUGAAAUUACCGAAUAUGACAAGCGCAUAAUCGCGAACCAGUUGAGAAUAAAAAUAUAGCCCGACUCCUUCAGAUGUUCACCUCCGAAAAUACGACACAGAUUUCCCCACAUUAGGAUAACCAGAAGCCCAAAUCCAAUCAAAUAAAUCAACACCAGAUAAUUCCAACAAUCCUCUAAUAUUAAACUAUUGAUAUCUAAUAAAAUGUAGUACUCAUUAAAAAAAUCUCUA